AUGCAAAAUAUUUUCGAAAAUUGUUCAUAUCAUUCGAAAUACGAGCCAUACUUUCUAAAUUGCACAAACACAACUAAUCAAUGUGUUCUUAUUCAGGACGUCGGUAUUAUUCAGGCAAUCGACUUUUGGGCCAAUUUAUGUAUUCCAUUCACUUUAUUUGUGAUUGCAUUUAUCUUAAACGGAUAUUAUUUAUCAAUAUUAAUACCUGAAUUCAGAAAAAUGAAUGACACAACUAAAAAGCAGUACAUUUUUGUUGUCAGUCGUGGUAUAUCUUCACUUUCUGCAUCUUCUAUAAUGAUGGUUCUACGAUUGUUGAAAAUGCUUUCCACAAGUUUCACCGUUUAUUUUUUAUUUUUUCUGAUUGACGAUCUGAGUUUCUACAGUCUUCUUGGCUCUUAUGUUGGCUCCACACUUCUCCUGUACCUUGCAACUGUCCGACCAAUUUUCUACAGCAUUCAGAUUUCCGUGAGAAUCGUUUAUAAAUUUGCGCUUGUCAAUGUUCUUCUAGCAGUUGUACUAGCGGUAACAACUGCGAUAUUCCAAGCAGCCGAAGUUUCGGAUGGCUUUUUCCAUUGUGAUGUUCAGCAUUGUCAACCAAUUAUUAAUAUUGCAAUGUUUGUAAUAAUUGCCACGUCAUUCCUGAUCCCAAUAAUUACAUUGACGUUUGUAUUAGUAACGCUAUGCUUCCAAAAAAGUCGAACCCAAAGUAUUGGUAACUUCACAGUUGACAACUCUGUAUAUAAAUCAGCACGGACCCGUCUUGCAUGGACAUUAUUCACUUUUACAUUAAUUAGUCUCACUGAAAUGAUUCCAUCGUCUUUUCUAGUCAAUCUGCGAGUUGAGGAUACAAUUACAAUAUGCGUAAACUUUUACCAAGCUGAUCAUUUGUUCAUACCUGCCAUUAUGAACUCAUUCCAGACACUUGCCUGGGGAAUAGCUCUGAUCGUCGACCCACUUUGUGCAUUGCUAUUUGACCCUCGAAUAAGAAAAGUUUGGGUAGAACAUGUAAGCAGACUGAGCAUAAUCAUUGGAAGAUCUUUUGAAGCGUGUUGCCAUUCAAAUCUAAAUAAGGAAAUUCAGGACAAAUAGUUCAAGUCUCACUUCUGUCAGUAGACUUCUGUCAUUGGAAAAAUGUAUAUUUUUUGAAAAUUCCUAUUAAUAUCAUCACAGUACAAAAUUUAAAAACUGGUUUUUUGUAUUAUUAUCAGCCGGUGUUGCAAUAAAUCCUUAAUACA